AUGGAGUUUGAGAAUCGUUCAAACUCGACUUCUAUCGCUGAAAAUGUUCCAUUCAGAUACCCUGAAUAUCUACAACUGAUUGUUGGCAUUAUUGGAGUCAUCGGAAACGCUCUUGUUUUCAUACUGGUUGCAAAAGUGAAGUUUCUGCAGACUACACCAAACCUGUUCGUAGCAAGCUUGGCGAUGACGGAUUUAUUAGCGUCUUUGCUAAUUCUUGCUAAGUUGGUUUAUAUGACAUAUCCAGUACCUGACUAUUUCCAUAUGACUCUAUACUGUAAAGUCGUUCUUUCAGAUGUGUUCUUUUGGAUGACUGCAAUAUCCUCGGUUUUCAUUCUUAUUGGCGUAACCAUUGACAGAUUUUGUGCGAUUGUGUAUCCAUUUCGUUACCAAGCUUCUUUCACCAACGCAAAAGCAUACAUUCUUAUCGUCUUGGCUUGGAUGCUAGCAAUCGUAUUCGUAUUGUUCAUUCCAUUUGUUUACGAAUACCAAAACGGGAAAUGCUUACAAGACUUUAACAAUAGAACACACCAAGUUGUAACAGGUAUAGGAUUUUUCCUUUUUACUUACAUAUUUCCAAUGAUUUUUAUGGUUUUCGCAUACACCAAGAUGUUCAAAGUUAUUUGUAAUGCUUCGUCUGAUGUUCAAUCGCAGUCAUCGGCGAUAUCAAGUCGCGUGCGUAUACUGAAGAUGCUGACCACCGUAGUUGUCGUGUUUUUUAUUUGCUGGAGUCCGAACCAAUGGAUGUAUUUUCUAUUAUCUACGUUUGAAGUUCGAGUAGACUUCUAUUCGACAUACUACGAAACAACAGUAUUAAUGUGCCUCGGCAACUCAUGCAUCAAUCCGUUUAUCUACGCGCUGAAAAGUCGGCAGUUUUAUGAAGGAUUCCGUACACUUGUGGGCUGUACAAACACCAUUGAUCACGUGGAUGGCAUAUAG